AUGUUGGGGAUACGAGUGGUGCAGUUGAAUCAUAGGUACAACUCUAUUUUUUCGUGUGAUAUAAACAAACACGAAUCACCUCAAGAAGAACAAGGCUUUUUUGAAGGCCAGUCUGCACACCCUGGUCUUCUCAGUGCCCUGGCCAGGAUGGGCCCUCAACUCGCGCUAUGGGUCGUGGACGUCGCCGACGGUCGUCUGCCGGGCGAACGAGGUCAUAUGAAUGUGUGCGAGGUCAGCCGCCUCCUUAGCAGAGGUCAUGGCUCGCCUGGGUCACUCGCCGUUCACUUGCUCACGAGCACUAUGGCGGGCGCCCUCAGUUCACAUACGUCUUCAAGAGAAAGACUGAAAGAUGCGGGACUGCUUGACGGGACUUCGAGCUGCACUUUUUAGUAACCGAGAUAAAAUAGAUGGCAUGGGUUAUAAAGGGCAUUGGAUAUUUUGUUUCUGUUUUCAUUAAGUUGAGUAAUGGGGGUGUUUAAGGAAGUGUCUAAGGUAGUGUGUAUUAGCGGGAUUCUUACUGUUCAUUUCUCUAGGUUUUCUUCUCUUUAUUCAUGUUUGUCUAUUUAUUUAUUUAGCCUUCAGUUCCUUUAUUCAUGUAUCAGUUAUGUACAUAUUACUCAUGCAACACUCCAACAAGGAACAAUCAUAAUCCUUUAUGUUAUACAACCCUGACUCACUUUUAAGUAUUAUUAGAUUAAUUCACUUCUGAACUGAAAGCUUUUGUUUUGCAAGUUUUAUCCAAUGAAAUCAAAAUGUUAUGAGGUGUGAUUAUUAUUAUAGAGGAAAUACAGUCAUUUGUAAUAAGAAAAGGAAAAGGAAAACCAUGCCUGAUCAACAACUUUAAGCCAUACAUACACACCAAGUAAGGGCAUUUUCCAGCCUGUGUUGAACUAUUAAUAUCUGACUUUUAUGCAUGAAUUUGGGUAUGGUCUGGACAUCCAAUUUUAAGUCAAUCUAUAAGACUUUCUUCUUUUUUUAUCCAUUGCUAAAAUGUAACUGAUGGUUUUCCCUUUUCUUUUCCAAUCAAAAUUUGUUUUGCUUAGGUUUCAUCUGACCUCUUCUAUAUUAGAGAGCUGCCAUCACUCUUAAUUACUCUAGUGAUAGAAAAAGGCAAUAUGAAUGGGAAAGGAUAUAAAAAUAUACUUUCUUUAUGUCCCAUUAUAAAUAUCAAUAUAUUAUCAAAUGUAAGGAUGCU